AUGAAGGCCUUUCGUGACGCGUUCGCCCUUUCGGCGGCCGAGGUGGACGAGCGGACGCCGCCAGGAACAGUUAGGAUUCUCAGCCAACAGGAAGACUCGACGAGCAGUAUCAGCGGUCACCUCGUCAAGUUCCCCAAACCAUCCAGCAGCCCGCGGGAUCCCCUCAACUUCCCCCUCUGGCAAAAGAUUGCAGCAUUACUGGUCGCAUCGCUUUACGCCUUCAUUGGUAACUACACCGCAUCCUCCAUCGCCCCAGUGUUGCAGCUCUGGUUCUCGGCGUACCCGCAAGAACCGAAGCCUUUCUCUGAGCUCUCCUACAUCAUCGCGGUCAACCUCCUAUGCCUCGGCACGUCCAACGUCUGGUGGGUGCCCCUGUCGAGCUGGAUGGGGCGUCGGCCAGUGCUCCUCAUCGCCACGCUUCUCAUGACACUGUGCUCCGUGUGGUGCGCUGAGGCCAAGACGUUCGCCUCGCUCAUCGCCGCGAGAGCACUGCAGGGGGCUGGCGCCGGCGCGUCCGAGACGGUGGCACCGGCACUCAUCGGGGAUUUGUUCUUUAUCCACCAACGUGGCAGGGCUAUGGCUGUGUACACCAUCUUCCUAUCCUCGGGCUCGCUCUUCGGCGGCCUUACUGGGGGGUACCUCGGAUACGGCCACGGGUGGACGAGCGUGUGGUGGGUGAGCACGGCGCUCUCUGCGUUUGUGUUCCUCGGUGUGGCCUUCUUCGUCCCAGAGACGCUGUUCGAUCGAAACACGGUGGACAACGCGAGCACCUCGUCCGUCGUCGAGGGCAAGGAAACAAACACCACGGAAGUUGAGAUCCAACAGCAAACCACGAACUCCACUCACGAACCCUUCACAUUCCUCCAAUCUCUCAGCGUUAACGUCGGCAAACAUCCCCACGCCCGCGAAAGCUUGGUGUCGUACUUUCUCCGGCCGUGGAAGACUCUUGCUCUACCGGGUACAUGGGUUGUCAUGCUGCACUACGCUGGCCUCGUGGGCGGUAUCGUGACCAUCUCGCUCAUCGCCCCCCAGAUCCUCGCCAUGCCCCCUUACCUCUGGGGCGCCAACGUCGGCCUGAUCAACGUUGGUGGAGUGGUUGGUUGUCUUGUGGGGUAUUUGUAUACGUACCUCCUCGCCGAUAGUCGGCUGAAGAGCCAGGCCAAGCAGCAACGACGGGGUAUGGCGGAGGCUGAGGACCGGCUUCCGACGCUGUUCUUUCCGCUCUUCGUUGCGACCUCAGGAUUCUUUGUGUUUGGGUUUUGUGCACAGUACCCGGGUCCCACUCGCUGGGUCGGGCUGCAGUUCGGCUAUGGCAUGGUCUCGUUUGGGCUUACUCAAGUGCCGUCGGUGGGGUUCAACUAUCUUAUUGAUGCCUACACCCACCUGGCAGCGGAUUGCUUUACCAUGGUCACGAUUCUUCGGUCUAUCAUUGCCUUUGCAUGGACAUUCUUCGUUGCCACUUGGGUACAGGACCGGGGGGCAGCGGAGCCAUUUGGCAUCUUCGGCAUGUUGAUGGGUAUUUUUGCUUUGGUCACUGUACCGUUGUGGAUGUUUGGAAAGCGGAUGAGGAUUGCAACUAGUGCUAAGGUGGCACGUUAGAUCUGGUAUUUUAAUCAACUGCCGUGGGCCUGUUGUGCUUCUCUGGUAAAAAGGGUUUUGCUGUGAACGGUUGAUAUAUCCCUGUUUUAGUUCGGCCCAGUUGCAACAUCAUCGGCGUUGAGAGGGCAUUGUUAUGUUACUUCCCCGCUGGAAUUCAUGCGAAAUAAUACAAUACGAGCACUACUUGUUCUCAGAGUUACGCGGC